AUGAAAUACGAACAAAUCCAUCUACAGGUACUCUGUUUUCAAGCACAAAUGAUUUCAAAACUGAACAUCAGAAAAUACUUAAAAAAUGUAACAGCUUUGGGUUGAUUUUGUCAUCAAACAUAUUGCAUAAAAUAGUCACAUUAAUUUUUGACUCGACAAGAGGAGUUGUGUUUAAAGCAGUUGAGUGUAAAUUGUACUAUUACAUGUACACUAUAAUUGAUAAAGGAUAGCAUAUGUUUUGUAUAAACCAGUGGAGGAACUUGGAUACAUACUUUAAAUAUAAACAACCAUCAAUUUUGUCUUUUUCAGUAUUUUUUGUGGUAUUUAUGCCUACUUCCCCUGCUGUUACCAUAUCUCACCAAGAUGUCUCGUACAAAAGCUGUCAUUCUUGUUGUACUGUGGUUUACUGGACAGGGGAUGUGGCUGCUACCAGCUUAUUACCUGGAAUUCCAAGGCUUGAACACGUUCCUUUACAUUUGGUUUGCUGGCCUCGUCUUCUUUAUCAUCAAUUGUUACAUUCUGUAUGAGAUUAUAAACAAUUAUUCCAGUAUGCCAUAUGUUUAUGAGAAAUCUAAACAAUUGGGGGUAAAAGAUCGUGUUGCUGAAGAUGAACUAAACCAUGAAAAUAGGAGCAUGAAAAUUGAACAGACUGUAUCAGGUGAAAAAGUCACAAGAAAUACAAGGUCUCAAACUAGAAGAAGAAAUAAAAUCAAAAACUGAUACUAUUGUGUUUUAUUUGAUUAAACAAAUGAGCCUUGCAAUGACCAGCCUGCGCAUCCACGCAGUCUGGUCAGAAUUCAUGCUGUUCACUUAUUGUUUUUGUACGCCUGUUUGAAAAAUGGGACAUAGUAUGGGAACGCCCCUGGCGGUUGGGCUGGCGGCGUCCACAGACUUUGUCUGGAGCAUUUCUUCAUGCAUGGAGGGAAUUUGAUGAAACUUGGAACUAUUGUUCACCAUCAUGAGGUGGAGUGUCAUGCACAAGAACCAGGUCCGUAGGUCUAAGGUCAAGGUCAUACUUUGAGGCCAAAGGUCAGAUACAAGAAGGACUUUGUCUGGAACAUAUCUUCUUCAUGCAUGGAGGGAUUUUGAUGCAACUUGGCACAAUUGUUCACCAUCAUGAGACGGAAUCCCUAGGUCUAAGGUAAAGGUCGUACUUUAGAGGUCAAAAGAUACAAGAAUGAAAACUUUGUCAUCUUCUUCAUGCAUGGAGGGAUUUUG